GAUUUUUUAAUUUAUACAUGUCCAAAGAUCAGUGCUAUUACGAUGUAAUGUUCCUUUACCUCUUUCAGAAAUGGGUAGAUUACAAAUUAAGGUGGGACCCAGAAGAGUACGGGGGCGUGGAGCAACUCUACGUUCCAUCCGAACACAUUUGGCUUCCAGAUAUCGUUCUUUUCAACAACGCUGAUGGAAAUUACGAAGUUACGCUUAUGACUAAAGCUGUUUUAUCAUACACAGGGGAAGUGGUGUGGAAACCACCCUCUAUUUAUAAAUCAUCGUGCGAAAUCAAUGUGCAAUAUUUUCCUUUUGACGAACAGAGCUGUUUGAUGAAGUUUGGAUCCUGGACCUAUAACGGAUAUCAGGAUGGACAACAUAACAUUUUCUACAGAUAAUUUGAGUCUGUUAACAAAUGGCCGUCAAAACUUUAUUUUGAGAUAUUUUGAGUUCAAUAUUAUUGGUAAAUGCUGAAAUAUCCACAAAGGAAGAAAAAAUGUUGAUUUUAUACCUUCUCAUUCAGAUAUAGGGUUAGGGUUUAAUUGUUUGACAUGUCUUAUAUUAUAUUACAAAAUUGUAAUCGACUGGGCGAAUAAAGUAAUUUGAAUUUGAA